UUAAAACAUUACAGAAAUAAUACAUUUAAAUUCAUGGUUGGUAUUCUACUCAAAAUAUUUAUGCCUAAUUAAGAGAUUCACUUACCGGCCUUUUUUUAUGUUUUUUUUUUUUUAUUUUAUUUGAUCGGGAUGACUUACCAGCCUUGAUGUACAUGCAAGGUAGACCAACACAGGCAAUUACCAGAUUUAGACUCAAUUCUAAAUAACUCUCAACCCACCAGAUGUCGUUUCCAUCGAAAGAAGACUUUUCUCAAACCAGAAAACAAAAACAGAAAUUAUUCCAUGUUAACCAUAUUAUAACAAAUUACUAACAAACAUUUACAUAAAUAUCUUUUUAAUGGGCAACAUUUCAAAGUAAUAAUAUUAUUUUAUGUAGUGAUUUAUUAUUGUUUUAUACAAUUUCCAUCUCUUACCACCAUAUAAUUUUUCCUUUUAAAAGGAUAAUAGAUGAUGCAAACAAACGGUCAAACAUAGAAAAAUUAUGCCAAGACAAGGGGCUGGACAGUGACAAAUAGUGAAAUAAAAUGCACGCAACAAGACACGCGGCAUGUCCAACUGAUGUAAUUUAGUACAUUUUGGUUUCAUCAUAGUCAAACGUCCUUAGUUUAUUUUUUUAUUUUUUGUUUUCGUUAAAGGACAAUGUGCGUGUAUAUGUAAGGUUAUAAACAUGUUGAAAUUUGCCAAUAUAUAAAUAUAAUUUAUUUAUUUAUCAUGCAUUGUUAAGUUUCAAUGUGGCACCUACUGGUUUGUAGCUACAACACUAGUCGUCACUUCAUUCCACCCUUUGUUAAGUUUUCCAACAAAAUUUUCUCCUGAUUAAACGGAUAUCUAAACGUUUUAAGUAUUAAAUUAUUGAGAAAUUUCUUGCUUACUUUUAUAGAGAUGUAGAAGUUCAGCCGGCCAAACAGUGAAGGUAUAACAUCAGCAUGAGUUUAUUUCCUUUCGAAUGUUCCACUGUGUCUUUAAACAGCUUCUAAGCUGAGAGCUCUGUCUAAGACUUUGAUGAAAUGGGGACUCUUUCUUUUACACUUUUGAGUACCAUUUUUUUGCUCAUCUUCUUCACUGAGAUCUCCUGGGCUGCUGACACCAUUUCUGGGACCCAGUCCAUCACUGGAAAUAGUACCUUAGUUUCAAAAGAUGGAAAUUUUGAAAUGGGUUUCUUCAGUCCAGGUGGUUCAACAAAUUGGUACGUGGGAAUCUGGUACAAGGAUAUACCUGCUAAAGCUGUUUGUUUGGGUGGCAAACCGGCAGAAUCCAAUCAAUGACUCAUCUGGUACUUUGAUGAUAAACAGCACAGGCCAUCUUGUUCUCAGCCAGAAGAGUGGUGUUGUUUGGUCAGCAAACCCAGCUAGACCUAUCCAGACCCCAAUAUUACAGCUUCGGGAUUCUGGAAAUCUAGUAGUAAGAGAUGAUAAAGAUGAGAAUUCAGAGAACUAUGUGUGGCAGAGUUUUGAUUAUCCUUGUGAUACAUUAUUACCGGGUAUGAAGCUGGGAUGGGACUUCAAAACUGGUCUCCAAAGGCGUUUAGUAUCAUGGAAGAGCUCAGAUGACCCUUCUCCUGGAGACCUUACCUGGGAGAUAGAUAUUAAUAACUAUCCUGAGUCUGUCAUGUUUAGAGGCUCCGAGAAGUACUACCGGGGUGGCCCAUGGAAUGGCCUUCGAUUCAGUGGUGCACCAGAGUUAAAACCCAACCCUUUAUUCAAGUUUGAAUUUGUUUUUAAUGAAGAUGAAGUUUACUAUACUUAUAACCUCUUAAAUAAUUCUGAAAAAUCAAGGAUAGUUGUGAACCAGACCAACGGUUAUACAAGGGAUCGUUAUGCCUGGAAUUCAGUGACCCAAAGUUGGGAUGUGUUUGCUACAGUGCCAAGGGAUAAAUGUGACAAGUAUGCUCUUUGUGGUGCCUAUGGAAACUGUAUCAUUGGAGAAUCCCCUGUUUGCCAAUGUCUAGAGGGUUUCAAGCCAAAAGGAAACUUGAUGGACCGGUCUCAUGGAUGUAUACGGAAUAAGCCAUUCAACUGCCAGGACAAAGAUUCAUCUGGGUUUUUAAAAUUCCGCAGCUUGAAAUUGCCAGAGACUGCAUAUUCUUGGGUGAAUGAAAGUUUGAAUCUUAAGGAAUGCAAAGCCAAAUGCUGGAGCAAUUGUUCUUGUACGGCUUAUGCAAAUUCUAAUAUCAGAGGAGGAGGUAGUGGUUAGGUUCAAAAAUGAAGCGUACUGUGUGGAUAGCUGUGCUAGUUUUGCUAGUCACUGUUGUGGUAUGUGGGGUGUUCUUGGUUGCUCACUACAUCCGCAGAAGAAAAACGCUUUGAAGGUAAUACUUUGAAUAGCUUUGUAAAACAUAUAUAUAUAUAUAUAUACAAACCGGCCAUGUCCAAAACUCACUUUAGAGUGGCACACCUUGUCUGUAUAUGGCCAUUAUUCAAGUUCAAAUUAUUCUCAGUUGUAUAUCAACUUACGUUAUUGGAUGAUAUUUCGUUCAGGGAAUGAGAAUGUCAUGUAUAUAUAUAUACGAAGAGAACAUUUUUUUGCUUCUAUAUUUAUGAAAUGGGUAUCAACUUAUUUAUUCAGUUUUUAUGGUAAAUCAACUUAUUUAUCUGGUCUAAACAUUAUGACUUUCUGUUUCCUUUUCAUUGCUUAAUGUGAAACUACCUUCUCUUUUUCUUUGCUCUUCAAUUCCUUCAUUAGACCAUGCAGGGACCAAUAGAAUAAUAAUGAAUCAGAACAAUGCAUGCCAAACAGAAAACCUAGAGGUGUUACUCUUCGACCUAGAUAAGAUUGUUAAAGCCGCUAACAACUUUUCAAGAAGCAACAAGCUUGGUGAAGGUGGUUUUGGACCUUUUUACAGGGUAACCCACAACAUGAUAAUAAGAACUGUCAAAUGUAACACUUAAUCUUAGUUGGUGUAUAUCAUAAUCUUUUAGGAAAUAUAAUUCAGUGCACACUACAAGAUUCUCUUGCGUUGAAGAGGCCAAUCGGUUCAGGAAAAGGACAGAAUGAAUUCAAAAACGAAGUUAUUUUGAUUGCUAAACUUCAGCAUUGAAACCUAGUAAAGCUUCUUGGUUGUUGCUUUCAAGGGGAAGAAAAGAUGCUGAUUUAUGAAUACAUGCCCAACAAAAGCCUGGACUCCAUUUUUGUUUGUAUUCCAUGUAGUCCUUACAAAUUCAAUUAGAACUCACAGAGCAAUUUUUAUAAAACAUAGAACCCUCAAUUUUGUUCUCUAUGAACUCAAGUGGGAUAUUGCCUUUAAUUUGAAUCAGGAUUCUUUCCAGAUCAAACAAAAUGUGAAUUGUUAGACUGGUCCAAGCGCUUUCAUAUAAUCUGCGGAAUUGCUAGAGGACUUCUAUAUCUCCAUCAAGAUUCUAGAUUAAGGAUUAUAUACAGAGAUCUCAAAGCCAGUAUUGUUUUACUAGAUAAAAAAAUGAAUCCAAAAAUUUCAGACUUUAGUAUGGCUAGAAUUUUAAAGGGGAUCAAAGUGAAGGGAAUACAAAGAGAGUGGUUGGAACAUAGUUUUUCAUUAUAAUGCUCUCUACUUCAAAUAUUCAUCUUAAAUUUGUCAAAUGUUCACAAUGAUAUUUUGUGGUAGUUACAUGGCAACCGAAUAUGCCAUAUGUGUGGGCUGUUCUCCGUGAAGUCUGAAGUCUUUAGCUUUGUUAUUCUACUGUUGAUCAUAAUUGGAAAGAAAAACAGAGGUUUCUAUCAUCUAGAAACUAGUGGUAAUUGGAUAUGUAAGUGCCAUUGUUCUUAUUUUUUUUGUUUUCACAUUAACUCAUGUGUUAAAGUAUAUAAUCCAUUCUCUGCCCAUCUCCUAUGAGAUUUAAUAUGAU